AUGGACUGUACCACAGAAGGCAACGGCGAUCUAUACGGUGUUGGCGUCCGAACCGGUCUUUAUCUACAAUGGGCUGCUGGAUUUCUUCUCCGCAACUGGAAUGGAUCCUGGAAAACAAUAUCAGCCGUACGCGUUGUAAAUAAUGCGAUUUGCUAUGCGAUUAUUGUCACCAUGAUCAUUGGACAAGCCAAGGGCUCCGCAUUAUCCCUGGACUUCCUCCUGGUCUACUAUCUCACCAUUGCAUUAUUCUACUCCGAAUCAUACAAUCUCUUGAAAAAGCGCGACGCAGCCGGUAACGAGCAGGGAUAUUUACUACGUCCCGAUUUCCCGCUCGUUGCGCAAAAUUUCCUAUGUGCCCUGAUCAGUGUUUUUGGCGUUUGGUUUUGGAUUCAGGGCGUUUAUCAGGUCGAGUCACCCACAUGUCCAGCAAAGGCAGCUUGCUUAGGUCUUUUCCCGUUGAUGAGUACCCCGUGGCGUCGAUUUGCGGCUGCAAUCAGCGCCAUCACGGGUAUAUUAUUUAUCGCUUUCUUUGUUGUUCACCUAACGGAUCUAUUGCCGGGCCUCAAUAAAGGCCCAGUGAGACGGGUGAACCAAAUUGGGAUACGUUUAGCCCGGAUUUUCCAGUUCGCCUCAGCCCGGAGGAUCGACCUCGAUCCUUCACACUCACGGUAUACGUACCGAAUCAAAACGUCAUCUACCGAAAGCAUUCUACGACCUCAACUCAGCAAAGCACCGACGAAUUUCAGUGGUUUGGUCAAGUUUACCCAUUGGGCUAUCAUCAACCUUCUGGGCCCACUUAUUGCUAUUGUCUCUGUGGAGAGGAUGUUACAGGCAAAUCAUCUCACUACAGAGAGUAUCGCGACUUCAAGCGGUCAAAUGAUUUCCCUAUUCACCGGCAUCGCAAGCAUUUUCGUUGCUGUAGCAGAUAUUGUGAGGGGAUCCUGGGCUCAACAAAGGAAGGAUCUAGCAGAGGAGUUUCUAGAACUCCAGGCCCAUGAGCGAUCCCGACCACUGAACGCAAAGGAAACCCGAACUCUAGUACGCCAACUUUUAGUGAAUGAAGGACAGCGAGACCCGGCAUUCCUAGAAGAAAUCAUUCAGACUUCGGCUUCAGAUAUAAUGAGCAUUCCAAACCCACUGGUGGAAAAUGAUGAACUGGAAUCAUCUCCCGAUACGGCAAGCAAGCUUUCAAAUGCUAUCCGGUUGGGAAAUGAGGAUACGUUUAGGAGAUUACUUGAGGCAAUCGGACCUAACUGUCAUGAUAAAUUGGGCAAACCCCCUCUAUGGUGGGCUGUAGCCUGCCAGCAACCGCAAUUUGUGACCACUCUCCUGGAACGACAUGAUAUCGAGGUCAAUUGUCGAGAUCAUGCAAACCGACAGACUCCAUUGGGGUAUGUAGCGCAGAAAGGGGAUCUAUCGAUGCUCAAGCUACUUCUUUCGCACAAGGACAUCGAAGUAGAUGUCCGAAACAAACAUGGACAGACCCCAUUUCUAGAAGCAGCGGCAAACGGGCAUGUUGAGAUCAUGGAAGAUCUUGCUAAGCAUGGUGCAGACCCAAACUGUCGAGAUCAAAAUGGCUACUCUCCACUGACCUGGGCAGUCCUUUCAGGGCACGAUCCAGUAAUCAAAACACUGCUAGCAAUGAACGAAAUGAACCCAAAUCUCGUCGACGAAAAUGGCCAACAACCUUUAUGCUGGGCAUCCAAGAAGGGAAACAAGACCGCCGUGCGCCUUCUACUUGAGCACAGGAGUAAGGCCGAGAUAGAUCACAAAGAUCGACAAGGCAGAACGUCUCUCUGCUGGGCAUCUAUGACCGACCAGGUGGAGGUAGUCAAGAUUUUGACAGAAGAUGGGGCCGACCCAUUUCCUCGCGACACUUCUGAGCGUACUCCAUUGAUAUGGGCAGCCAUGCGGGGUCACUUAGAGGUUGUGAAGUAUUUAUGCGGGCAGGCAUCGCAAAGAGACCCGUCACAAAUUGAUGCUAAGGAUAUAGAAUCCCGUACGCCGCUUUCAUGGGCUGUUCGGAAUAAUCACGAGGAGAUUGUGAAAGUUUUACUGGGUCAUGGCUCGGAUAUAAAGAGUAGGGAUAGCGAGGGUCAAAUUCCGCUCUUUAUUGCGGCUCAAAAUUGCAAUGUGAAGAUUUGCAAGCUUUUGGUUGGGAGGAAUAGGGUUUAUGUGGAGGAUGAUGGUUAUGAUUUCGAGAGAAUCUUGCAGUUGAGUGAUGAGGAUUCUUAG